UCGCGUAGGUGUUUCCGGUGUCUCAUAACAUUUUACUUCCUUCCACACAGACCGACACGAACAAAUCGAGAAAGAAGACGUCGCUAACUUUUAAAUGCUGUCUUCAACAGUCGCGUUGUGAGUUUAUUUUUCGUUUAAUUUCCAUCGUAAAAUGCGCGGCAUGUGGCGAGUGGUGUCUUGAGAAUUGAAGAAUUGCUGAAAAACGUAGACCGUAACGUGUAGGCCUCCCGAAGAAAGUUUGGUCGAGGGCCUGUAAACAACAUGUCCUCCGCCUCGCAGUCUUCCUCUAGACGGCAAUGGUGCUACCUCUGCGAUCUGCCCAAGAUGCCCUGGGCCAUGCUGUGGGAGUUCAGCGAGGCUGUGUGCCGGGGAUGUGUCAACUACGACGGGGCAGACAGAAUAGAGCUCCUCAUUGAAACUGCCCGGCAGCUGAAGAGCACGCACGGAGUUUUAGACGGCAGGUCCCCCGGUCCACAGCAGGGAAAACCCAGCUCGGCUGGGCCCCUUGAAGCAGGGCGGCAGCAUGGAGAGCGUCUUGAUAGGGGGAGGGGUGAGUAUGGGGUGUCUUCUCGCCUCCCCAAUGGCCUGCACAGAGCCGAAGAUGUGUCAUUGUCAGAGGGCAGCAGACAGAGCCCAAACACUCGCCGGGCUAUAGUUGGGGCAGUUCCUAGUCUUCAUGGCACUAUAUCCCAUGCCUUGAUAGCUCAGGGGUUAGUAGCAGCCCCUCACGGGCUUUUAGCCCCCUUAUCAGGCUCCAGGGCUGGGGCCACACCAAUUGCAGUCUCAGCUGGCCCCAUAAUGGGUGAAGCUGGCAGAAGGCAGGUUGUGUCAUUGGGUGUGGGAGCAAGCACCUCUGCUCUGGUGGGUAUAGAUUCUGCAGUGUGGAGGAACAAUGAAGUGAUGGCAGAACUGAACGAGGUGACGCGUAGCAGGGUUGAAGGCUGGCCAAACCGUCCCAAAGCAGUCCGGGAUGUGCUUGUGGGCCUUAGCAGCUGCGUCCCCUUUAAUGUGCGUUUCAGGAAAGACCAUAAUCUGAUGGGUCGUGUUCUGGCCUUUGAUGCCAGCACUACUCCAGACUUUGAGCUGAAGGUGUUUGUGGAGUAUCCUGUCGGCACUGGAAUGAUCUACUCAGGAGUUCCAGACCUGGUCAGGCAGAUGUUCCGCGACUCAGCCAAAGAUGCAGGUAAAGCGGUGAACUCUGGGUUACGCUAUGUGGAAUACGAGAAGCGGCAAGGCACCGGAGACUGGCGUGGGCUGUCUGAGCUGCUGAAUGAUGGUGUGCGUAUGUUUAAAGAGCCCCCAGUUCCAGAGGUUCUGCCACAGUCAGAUGCAGGUUUGCCUAUGGCAGCAGCCGGACGCCCCAUACCGGCAAAGAGCACAGCUCGGCGCCGCAAGGCUUCUCCGGGCUCUGAGAAUGGAGAGAGCGAAGGGAGGCCUGAUCACCCAACGAGAGAGCCCUGGCCCAGAGGUGCUUACUCAGGCAUGGAACCUCUUCCUGGCAUGGCCACGGCUCAAGAGGGCCCACCCCGUUUACACAGCCAGCCCUCACCCAUCUCGGCGCUAAUGGGAGUCGCAGACAGCCUGAGCUCCAGCCAGAUGGCCAGGGAUAGCCCCAGCAUGUCCACAGCCCACUCCUCCUCAGCUGGGCGCCCCACCAGCAGCAGCCCCUCCACUGCCUCCACCUCAGUCUCCCAGGCAGCCUUGGGGCAGGGUUUAAGUGCGGUGGGGCAGAGCAGCAACGCCAGUGCCGGGGAGUCUACAAGCAGUGCUCAGGGCGCUCUGCUCUGCUGCACCCUCUGCCGAGAGCGCUUGGAGGACACUCAUUUUGUCCAGUGUCCCUCUGUCCCGCACCACAAGUUCUGCUUCCCCUGUACCCGAGGAUUCAUCCGCAGCCAAGGCCAAGGCGGGGAGGUGUACUGCCCCAGUGGAGAGCGCUGUCCCCUGGCUGGAUCCUCUGUGCCUUGGGCCUUCAUGCAGGGAGAGAUCUCCACCAUCCUGGCCGGAGACGGAGACGUGACAGUAAAGAAGGAGAGCGACCCUUGACGUCUCCCUCCUGUUGUGGUGAAUGUGGGUCAAACACUUUGAAAGCACUUCCCCUAUUACGUCGAGCAGAGGUCCACGUUGGCUGCCGUUCAUCAUGUGUGCCUCUGAGAAGAGACUAACUCUGAACCCCAGGAGAACAGCUACACACACACACACACACACACACACACCUUCAACUAAAGACACAACAAGACUCACUUUUGAGAGGAGGGACACGUCUGCUGCCGGAGCUCGGCUCACCUGUGAAGGCUGGGCCGCCGCGUCACAGACCGAAAUGUUGAGUCCGACCAAAUGUCUCUCUCCUUUGUCCAGUGCAGCAGAGGCCCUCUCGUCAGGAUAGAAAGCACACGCUUGUUUUAGAACGACAAUCUAUUUUUGUCUUUCAUUUGUGUAUUUUUUUGUUCUACAUGUUGCAUACUGUUCUAUACAGACGGAUGACCGGCUCAUGCAAUUCUUCAAAAAAACAAAACAAAAUGAAUGUUCAAAAUGUGGCAAAACCAUUGGGUCCUUAAAGCCAAGUAUUGACAAACAAAAAUGUAAUCCCACAAUGUCUCUUAGGUAUUCUCCUUAUAUUGUAUGUCAAAAAUGUGAAUUUACUUUCAAUAUGGCUAUGUAAUUUCUAUUUUUGAUACAAUACAAAUUUAUAUGUAUUUGUUUAUAGUGAUACGAAGACCAAAGAUGGCUUCAUGCUCAAUGUCAUUUUAUUGUAUUGUAGCUGUGUAUGCUGUAUCCACUGAUAACCUUUGCAUCAGUCACUAAUUUGUUCAUCUAUCUCAGAGGUAAACUUGUUUUUGUCUAUUUACUUUUUGAAUUCUAUGUAUGGUAAGAUAAUUAGCAAUCUUCAAUGGUUAACCCACAUACUUAUGUGAUCUUUACAGGUCAAUUCUACAAUAAAUUACAAAAUAGUUA